AUGUCUGUGGUUGGCUUUGAUUUGGGCAAUCUCAACUGCUACAUUGCAGUGGCUCGUCAAGGUGGUAUUGAGGUUAUUGUCAACGACUACUCUCUACAUGCCACUCCGUCAUGCGUAUCAUUCGGUGUGAAGAACAGAACAAUGGGUGUAUCGGCACGUCAACAACUUAAUACGAAUGUCGCAAAUACGAUUAUCAAUUUCAAACAACUGAUCGGUCGUAAAUUCAGCGAUGAAGUCACACAAAAGUAUAUUCCUUACAUUCCUUGCGAAGUUGUUCAAUUACCUGAUGAUGGCAUUGGUCUGAAGGUGGAUUAUUUGGGUGAGAGGAAUACAUUUACUCCCGAGCAAAUUGUUGCGAUGCUGUUGGUGAAGUUGCGAAACAUCACUGAGGCAGAUCUACAGGCGAAGCAUGAAACGAAACGUGUUACCGAUUGCGUUCUUUCGGUACCGUAUUAUUUUACGGAUACACAACGUCGAUGCUUGUUGGCAGCGGUGGAAAUAUCUGGAUUAAAUUGUCUGCGAAUUGUGAACGAAACGAGUGCGGUUGCGCUCGCUUAUGGCAUCUACAAACAAGAUCUACCAGCUGAAAAUGAACCACCGCGUCAUGUUGUAUUCGUCGAUAUUGGACAUUCGGCAUCACAGGCUGUCAUUGUCGCUUAUAAUAAGGGUAAACUUACCGUUCUUGGCGCAGCAUUUGAUCUCGAUGUUGGUGGUUUGCAGUUCGAUGCAUUGCUACGUGAGCAUUUUAGAAAAGUUUUCAAGGAAACUUACAAGAUUGAUGCUGCCACCAAUAAACGUGCUUGGUUCCGUCUUUUGGAUGAAUGUGAGAAAUUGAAGAAACAAAUGUCGGCGAAUAGUACAGCGAUUCCGAUCAAUAUCGAAUGUCUCAUGAACGAUAAAGACGUCACUGCAAAAAUGCAACGUGCUGAUUUCGAAGCGCUAGCUGAGCCUGUGUUCGAGCGAAUUCGUACGAUGCUGUUGAAUCUCUUGAGUGAUACCAAAAUGAAAACGGAUCAGAUCGAUAGUGUUGAAAUAGUGGGUGGUUCAUCGAGGAUUCCAGCUGUCAAGAAGAUUAUCGCUGAAGUGUUUGGUAAGGAUCCUAAAACAACGAUGAAUCAAGAUGAGGCGGUAGCGCGAGGUGCAGCCAUGCAGUGUGCAAUACUGUCACCGUCAUUCAGAGUACGUGAAUUUGCUGUGAAAGAUUCUCAGCCGUAUCGAAUCAAAUUGGCGUGGGGAUCAGUUGGUCAGACUGAAGGAGGAGAGAAUGAUGUGUUCCUCGAACACGACGAAUUUCCGUUUUCAAAAAUGCUCACUCUCUAUCGUCAAGAACCGUUCCAAUUAAGCGCGUGCUAUGCAUAUCCGAAUCUCAUCCCUCAUUCCAGUCGUCAGAUUGAAUUCACUGAGAAUCAUUGGUUAUAUUUCGAGUCUGAAUUGAUAUUCUCUGGAUCGCUUUUAACGACAAUAGUUUCGGUAGCUGUUCGAUAUUUGAAGAAAGAUGUGAAACCAGGACCAGAGGGUGCGCGUAAAGUCAAAGUGAAGGUACGUGUGAAUCCGAAUGGUGUGUUUUCAGUGUGUUCCGCAACGAUGUACGAAACUGUUGAAUGCAAAGAUGAAGAGAAACCAGUGGAAGUGAUGGAAGUAGAUGAGUCCGUGAAGAAAGAAGUGAAGAGUGAGGAAAAGAAAGAAGAAGGAAAGACCGAUAAAAAGGCUCCGGAUGUUCCGGUCGAGAAUAAACCGAAAACAAAAACGAUCGCCAUCGAUCUGCCGAUUGAGGAGUUCACUCCAUCAGUUGCGAAUGUGAUGACUUUGGUACAAAUUGAGCAAUCAAUGCAAGCAAAUGAUCAGAAGGAAAACGAAAAAGUCGAUGCUAAAAAUGCGGUGGAGGAAUAUGUUUAUUACAUGCGUGAUAAACUUGCGGAGAGUUUCGCUGACUUCAUCACUUCAAAGGAUGCAGACAACUUCCGAAGUCUAUUGACGGCAACUGAAGAUUGGUUGUAUGGUGAUGGUGAAGAUGCUGAGAAGAGUGUUUAUGAAUCGAGAUUAAUCGAGCUGAAGAAGAUCGGUGAGCCAGUUCAAGAGAGACAUCGUGAGUAUGAGAAUCGUAAAGGUGCUUUCGAUAACUUCGAUCGUGCCAUCAUUAGAGCACGAAAAGCGUAUGAUGAGUAUUCGAAAGGAAGUGAAAAAUACGCUCACAUCGAAUCGAAGGAUAUGGAGAAGGUGAUCUCGUCAGCUGAGGAGAAGAAGAAAUGGCUGGAUGAGCAGCGAGGACGUCAAGAGCGACAUCCCAAAACUGAUCCGCCACUCAUUUUCGUUAAUCAGAUCCGCCAAGAACAAGAGAAAUUCGAGAGCAUUGUGCAACCGAUAUUGAACAAACCGAAACCAAAGCCGAAGAAAGAAACGAAAAAAGAGCAGGCGAAGGAUAAUAGCAAGAAGGGUACAGCUGCUGCUCAGGAUGAGCAACCAACAACGAAGGACAACAAGGAAGCAUCUGGCCAAACUGCUGCCCCGGCAGCCAGUAAUAAUAACUUCCAAGAUAUGGAAGUUGAUUGA